GCUUGAAGCGGAGAAGGGGGGCGGCCCAGCACCCGGCCGGCAGCUCUUCCCGAGAGGCGGCUGGGAAGCGUGUGGAUCUGGCACUGCGGAGCCUUGCGGGGGGGAGCGGCGGCGGCGGCGAGGGCUGUGGGGGCAGAAGCAGUUGCAGCACUUUCUGGGAGCCGGAAAGGCCCCCAGAGGCCAAGGCUUUGACUGGGGCAGCAGCGUAUCGGCCGGCCGGAAGCCCCAGCCUUUGCUUCAGGGACCGGAGCUGGCAGCCAGCCCGCAGGGAGACGCCCGCUGCAGCCUUUUGCACACUGCCGCCAGCUGCUGGCUCUCGCCCCGAGGGAAGCCACGGUGCCUGUGGCCUGGCACGCCACGUGAGAGGCCCUCUUCUGCUCAGGAGGCGGCCGGGAAAGGGCUGCUGGGGCAAGGUGCCUGCGGCAGGCCAGUUCAUGGGGGCCAGGGAAGGUCGCCUCCUGCCAAGCUCUACUUCCCCAAAGAGCCCCUCCCAGAUUGCUGCCAGGCACAGAUUCCAGCUUCUUGGCGCUGUGUCUCUUCCCGCGAGGCCAGCAGGCCUGAGUAGCCACGGAACUGUGGCCUCCUGGGCCCAACCGCCAAAGCAAAGUGGCAGCCGAAGCAGUUCGCUGGGUUCCUCCAGGCUUCGCAGCCGUGCCAAAGAACCGGCAGUGCUCUUCAGGAGGCUCUCGGCCUUAGCGGAUUCCCUGCUGGCACCUCGGAGAGAUCCACAGGCGCUCAAGCCGCGCUUGCACUCCACCCAGCUUCUCCCGGUGACCGCGACGCACAGCCAGCUUAGAAUCAAGAAGCUCCAGGAAAUGGUCUCCUGCACCAAGAUGAAGUUAAGCGCUGCGUGGGUUAAUGGCGGCCGCUGCUGCUGCCGCUUCGAGGUGUUCAGCUCCCAGCCCACAGCACUUUACCCCAUAGCAUCGGCCAGCCUGUGCUUCUUUGAGCUGAGCAACAGAACUCCCCUUGCCUUCAGUGCUCCGGUCUUCCCAGUUUCCUUUCAUGUAAAAAUGGAUUCCCGGCCUGGACGGACCCUCUCAGGGGUUACGCCCCUGCACAGUAUCCCUAGUAGUUUGGCUUUGGGAGAGGCACGCACUGUGCAAUCUCCAAAAUGGACCUUCUCUUUCCUCCUGCCUCAGCGCUGCCUGAGCACCGCACCAAUCCAGAAUGAGGCCUGGAUUCCUGCUGAGUCAUACACCCCGUCUGCCCAGUCUCUGAGUGCAGCAAAGGAGAGGGGAAGAGAGGCGGCGGCGGUGGCUCCCAGCUGCCCCACGCGUGGCCUCCAAACGGCAUUAGCUCUGUUUUCCCCUGGCUGCUAUCGCGUCUGGACAAGAAAAAGGAAUCUCAGCAGUCGACUCCCGGCUGCCCAGAAGCUGACGCUGCUGCAGUUGCCCCGGGGCGUGAAGGGGUUAAAAUGCCCCACACCUGUCUCAGCUGACCUCUUCCCUCUCUUGCCCUCCUCCCUGGGCAGGGGACUGUGCCCAUGGAGCCAGCACGGCCCUUCCACCUGUCCCUCCGAAUUCACUCCUCUCCAUUCCAAUCGCUGCAAGUGGCAGCCAUCCACCAGGCGGAGCCUCAGGAACAGCUCUGCCCCAUUAUCCCUGGUACGUGACCCGUUUAUGGAAGCUUCCAGGGCUGUGGAUGAUGCCAUGAGGCUGAAACCUUCCUUUGCUGCGCCGCUGCCGAUGUCUUGCUCAGUUCCAGAGCCAGCACCAUCUCCUGCUCUUGGAUUUCCAGUGCCUGGAUUUCAGGUCCAUCCACUGGAUGAACUGGAUGUUUCUGUGCCUGCCGUGCCGAAGGCUGGCGCUCGGCUUGGAAAAGCUGAAUUGGAGAAGAGGCCAAAGAAAGUGUCCCAGAUCCGGAUCCGGAAGACCGUUCCCAAGCCAGACCCUAAUCUCACUCCCAUGGGGCUUCCCAGGCCAAAAAGGUUAAAGAAGACAGAAUUCAGUUUGGAAGAAAUAUACACCAACAAGAACUACAAAUCUCCCCCUACGACCAGGUGUCUGGAAACCAUCUUUGAAGAACCAAAGGAGAAAAACGGAUCUUUGAUCUCAGUUAGCCAGCAGAAGAGAAAGCGGAUUUUGGAGUUUCAGGACUUCACCGUUCCCCGGAAGAGGAAAGCUCGCAACAGAGUCAAAGUGAUGGGCAGCUUCACCCGGGCCCAAAAGGCUGCCAUGGAGGGGAGAGAACUGGAUGUCCUUCUGCUUCAGAAACUGACGGACCUCGAAAUGUUCUUUGCCAAGGAGGAGGAGCAGGAGCAAGCGUCAGGCAGUUGAGGUUGGCCCCCCCCCCCAGGGCCUUGAGUGCUCCAGGAAGGGCGUCUUCGUUUUCCCACAGCGACCACUCAGCUUUGAUCAGCUCUUGUGUACGGACCUGUCUGAUGUGGUCAUAGAGAUGUUUUCUUCAACACUGGAGGAUAACUGCUAAUUUCCUUUAAGGGCCUGUCUUCCUCCUCCAGUGCAUCACUGGAGAUUAUUUAAUAUCUGGGGCGGGGGGAAUCCCUGGGAAAGUGAGUGGGGCAGAUAAAAGGCUAAAGUAGUGCACCUUCAAAGAUAAUAGGAUUUCAAGGACUUCCAGAUGUUGUCCUUUGAUUUGCCUCUGCUGCUCUUCUCUUUAGUGGCCCCUGCAGAUGUUGCGACCAAGAUGUAGUGAACUAGAAAUGGUAAGCUUGUAUAAGUGGAGAGUAGGGAGCCAUUUAUUUGUGAGGACCUCUUGUUGAAACAAGAUCAAGCAACCGUGUGUGGCAUUUCCGUCCUCUGUAACCAGCAAGAGCCUUUUGCAGUUCUUUUGUCCCCAAUUAGGUCAGACAGCGGGAGCCCUGCCCUUGAGACUGGAGCAGAACACGUUGUGCUUUGUAUUUUGUUUGCUGCAUGAGGGGCCCGUGUAAGAUGCAGCAUGUGCAUUGUGGGGCAGCUGUCUGGAGGUGAGGCUUGGUAGGGAAUGGCUUUAACCUUUUCUAUUUCCCCCCUGGGGCUGGAGGCAAAGAAGGGGUGUCAGCAGCAGCGGCCAGCCCAGCCUCUUUCUGACCGCUCCCCCACUGUGCUCCUUUCCUUGGUUUGAAUCUUGGUGUUGGCCCCAGUGAAUUUCAGUGCAAGAGAUUCUAAUUCUUAUUUAAGACAGGAACGCCGAUGGGACCUGCCCUCCACAGGCCACCAGAUUUGAUUGUGUGACAUCUCCCACUGCCACCAUCCAGCUCUCGCCCACAUCUCCUAUAUUCCUUCUCUGUUUUUGACUUGAAAAUGGUAUGUUUGGGGCCAAGCAUUGCCUAGUAGGCUUAGUUGAACAAAUUAAUAAUAAACUGGUCUAUAUAGCAUAGCUAGCCACACACUACUGGAUCCUGGCAUGUGGAAACUGGGGAGCGGCAAGUAACUGCUUGUAGCCACACUCAGGAAAUCUUAGCCUUCCCUCCUCCCCUCCCCUCCCCUCCCGGGAAGGCUGCCACACUCUGGGAUAUUCUGUUAGGUCUUUCUUUUAGUGGAACAUUUCACAUGGUGAACAGCAGCUGCUAGCUGUCUGUAGUGCCUAUAAUCUGGGCCAGGUUUAAUGGCUGAAAUGCUCAAAGGGCGCCUCCCACUCAAUCUGGUCUAAAACUUGCACUUUUUAUACCCCUAUGGAUACUUUCUCGUUACCUCCAGAAUGAGCAUAACUCCUGCAUUCAAUAAAUAGCCAGUGAUGGUAGCCCGGGCAAGCCCAGGGGUGGCAGCUGUGUGCUCUCUCUCGCUCUCUGCCAUUCCUAUGACUUGAGCAAGGCAAGAUGUCGAAAGCUGCCAGAGUCUGUGGAACCCUGGGCCUUAAAGCUGGAGACGUGGAAGGGCAAUUGCCACGCGUGUGCCUGAGACAACAGAUGGAUUCCUGCUCCCUCCACCUCAGGAUGGGCUAGUUCAGACUUUUCCCAAAGUGAUAAAGAUAAGACUUGGGAGUCGUUUGUAACCAUCUUGGCAUCACAGCCACUUUGAAUGUGAUUGUGUGGCAUGCUUCAUUUUGCAUGCAAAAAUCAGUGGACCCCCAAGCUCAGCCUUCCCCAAUCUGGCGCCACUCAGAUGUCUUAGACUACGCAUUGCAUCACCCCCAGCUAUCUUGACCACAGAGGGCUAUGGGGUAUGUAGUCCAACACAUCUGGAGGGCCCCAGGCUGGGGAGGCUGACCAAGGCUAUCCAACAAGUCCUUUCUCAUGGUUGGAGAUACCUGAACAUGUCCAGCCUCGAUAUUUUGGGUAUGUGGAGUUGAAUCAUCGUUCGAUUUUAAAGCCCUUUUGUCCCAUAGUGGGAUUUUAUGGCAAACGUACCAGUGCAGACUCUAAUAUGGAAAUUUCUGAUUCCAUUGCUGAGAUGAUGUUGUUAGUGCCAGCUACAGUGAAUUCUAAAAUAUCUGUUGGUGUGUGUUUUGUGCGUGCGUGUGUGUUCGCUUCCUUUUUAAAAUUACAGGUCUGCAAACGGGGGGAUGCAAGGAUUAUUCUCGGCAUUGUUUUCUUGUAGCUUCCUAGAAAACAAUGUUGCCAUUUCCCUGACAUGGCUUGGGAUCUGUGGCGAUCCCAGCGAUGGUGGUACUUCACCAUUAUUGCGUUGAAAGGGUUUCUUCUAUGCCUGGACUUUUCUAGCUUUUAAGCCCUCUGGUUUUAGGUAUGCAAGUUCCUGCAAAAAAAACCACUCCUUUUUUUAGGACCCAACACAGCAAGGAUUGGUGGUAGUUGCUGCUGGUGAAAGUGCCCCCUGCCCCAUACCUCAGAGAAAGACUUUGAAGGCAGGUCCCUAGGAAGGCCUGCCUUCAGAGGGAGCCAUUCUGAGUUGGGCUGGAUUCCUUUGCUUUCUUUGUUUUCUGUACAAUCAUAGAAAAUAUUCUACCCAGGACGCUCAAAAGAAUUUCCCCUCUUAGGUAAGAGCUGAGGCAACCCUAGGAUCUAGUUCUCUGGGGAUUUGAACAGAACAUGUUAUAACGUCUGGUUUGGGAGGGCUCUGUCUGAAUGCAGUCAGAGUACCAUUCUUUAAAUUAUUUAAACCCUUCUGCCACUGCCCGUGGAACGGGGCUUGCCGGGGUUCUCCUGAGCAGGGGCCGAUGGCCGUGCUGGCGCACCUGAACUCUGCCAGUGGCUAUGUUUGGCUGGGCAGCCGGGCAUUUGGGCCGCUGCUGGAGUCAGAGCUCUGUGAUGAAGCUUCAGCCACUUUCUGGUCAGUGGUCACAAACCACUUGCAAGAGUGCGUGUUUUUAAGCCUUUCGUGUUAAUAAAAAUACCUGAAUGGGACAUUUGCACACUUUCGUACCAGUGGCCGCUCUCAUGGCAUCAUGUUUUGUUUUUUAAUUCUGGUAGUCCCCGAAUUUUAAAUUUCACUUUUCUUUUCCUGUAUUUAAAUUAUGGAAAUAAAAAAAUAACAUUUCAAGUGUG